AUGGCAGAAGGGCACGUCGCAUGGCCGUUCCUUUCGUUUUCCAUGGGCACGUGUCUCCCGGAGGCCAGCAGCGAGCCGGCGCUGCGCCAGUGGAGAUGCAAAAGGCUGGCCGAGGAGAGCUCCUCGUGGGCCGCCGCGAAGCGACGGAAGCACACUGCAGAUGGCGGCCACUGGAAGGACGGCUUGAAGCCCCAGGAGGCUGAGAGGUCCGACGAGCUUAAGACGGGGCUCGCUGCAUUUGGAGCCUUCGGCGAGUCCUGUGUGGCGGACCUUUCGGCCGUCACCUUCCUGACCCUGACUGCCCUGGUGGCAGCUGGCGUCUUCAUCCUGAUUUGCAUCUCCAGUUCUUUGGUGCUUGCAGUGCUGUGCAGCUGCGUCUGUUUGCUGUUAUCGAUGCUGGCGCUCUCCAACCAUGUCUUGUUUAUGACCUACGAGGGCGCCUGGGCUGUUUGA